UCUUCUUCCAAGACGUUCGACCUCAUAAAAUCCAACUGGAUAAAAGUCUGGUAAUGAAAGAUUCAUCAAUCUUAGCUUCGAAUUGAAAAUCUCAGCGCCACCAACAAUGCUGGCCAAAGCAGCGGCGGCGCCACCACCGAUAACCUACAAAUUUGGGGAUUUUAAUAUCCAGAAUCGUAGUUUUAGUAAUGGCAAUGGGAAUAGAAGUUUGAAAUUGAAAACGAAGAGUCGUAAGAGAGCGGUGGUUGUGGUUAGAGCUGGUUAUAGUCAGAGGCCGUUGGAAACUCCCGGAGCUUAUGAGCUCAUCGACGAUACGACCGGUGAGAAGUUCAUAAUUUGGGGAGGAAUUGACGGCAAAGACAACGGCAACCGACAAUUUUCUAUCCCUUCCGAGGAAGUUCUGUCUUGGAAACCUAAACCCUCGAGCAACUACGACAAUAGAAGCAGAAAUGUUACUACUAGUUCUAUUUCCGGCGAAGAUGAGUUCAAGUUCAACAGCAAUAAAAACAACAGGGCAGCUACUAAUAGAAGUGGUGACAAAACAGCCUACGGCAGGGGAGUAUCAGGAAGUUUUGGAAGAUUGAAAGCACAGAAAGUAAGGGAUCAUGUCAGAAAAAAAUACGUGAUGAAGCAAGAAGUCAGCAGGAACGAUUACAUUGAACAAGAUGCUCCUUCCCAUGGAUCUAUGAGUUCAGACUAUGAGUCUGAUGUCGUGGAUGAACUCAAGGGACCAUAUGUUUAUAGACGUAGAAAUAAUGUUUCAAGAGCAAUCCAAUCACAAAAAUUCAUGACAAGAGACAAUGUGGUCCCUCUUGAGAGCAAUGGAAAACAUGGAGUUCAACAAAUGCCAACAAAUCAAUCUACAACAUCAAAAUCUCAAGAGUCUGACCUCCGCAUAGCUGGACGGCCCGGACCAAAUGUUUCUGUUUCCAGAGUUUCUGCUUCUUCCUUUACAAAAUGGGGCAAUGGAGAGUUGAUACAUAAAUUUGGAUCUGAGGCGCGAGAAAUCUCUAAUAAAUGGAGAAAAUCAAAUGCUGACAUUGAUUUUUUUAGUAGAAAAUCCUUCAGAGAUCUGGGGUGCAGUGAUUAUAUGAUUGAAGCCUUGAAGAGUCAUCAUUUCCAACGGCCAUCGCAUAUUCAGGCUAUGGCAUUUGCAUCUGUUACUGGGGGAAAGAGUUGCAUUAUAGCUGAUCAAAGUGGAUCUGGAAAAACUUUAGCGUAUCUUCUACCAGUGAUUCAGCGCCUUAGGCAAGAAGAGCUCCAAGGACUCGGCAAAUCUGUUUCGCAGAGUCCUCGAGUUAUUGUAUUGGUCCCAACUGCAGAGUUGGCAUCUCAGGUUCUAAGUAUUUGCCGCUCGUUGUCAAAGGUUGGUGUCCCAUUCCGGUCUAUGGUUGCAACUGGUGGUUUUCGACAGAGAACACAGCUGGAAAAUCUUCGACAGGAUCUAGAUGUUCUAAUAACUACCCCUGGUCGUUUUGUCUACCUAUUAAAAGAAGGCUUCUUGCAGUUAACAAAUCUGAGAUGCGCUGUGUUGGAUGAAGUAGAUAUACUCUUCAAUGAUGAAGAUUUUGACCCAGCAUUACAAAGUUUGAUAAACUCUUCACCUUUUACCACACAAUUUCUCUUUGUAACUGCAACUUUACCUGUAGACAUAUACAACAAGCUAGUUGAGGUUUUUCCGGACUGUGAAGUUAUUAUGGGACCUGGUAUGCACCGAACAAGCCCCGGCCUUGAGGAGAUUCUUGUAGAUUGCAGUGGUCCUGAAGGAACAGAAAAAAAUCCCGAUACAGCGUUCUCCAACAAAAAAUCUGCUCUUCUGCAGCUUGUUGAGGAGACUACAGUUGCCAAAACGAUUGUUUUCUGUAACAAGAUUGAGACGUGCAGAAAAGUUGAAAAUGCCUUGAACCGAUAUGAUAAAAAAGGAAUUCAUUUGAGAGUUUUACCAUUCCAUGCUGCUUUGGCACAAGAAUCUCGGCUUGCAAAUAUGGAGGAAUUUCGCAGCUCUCAGUUGAAGGAUAGCUCUCUUUUUUUGGUGUGCACAGAUAGAGUUUCUCGUGGGAUUGACUUUGCGGGUGUGGAUCGUGUUGUACUCUUUGACUUUCCUCGUGAUCCAAGUGAAUAUGUACGCCGCGUUGGAAGGACUGCCAGAGGUGCUGGAGGAAAAGGGGAGGCAUUUAUUUUUGUGGUUGGUAAGCAAGUUUCUCUUGCAAGGAGGAUAAUUGAAAGAAAUAAAAAAGGCCACCCGUUGCAUGAUGUGCCUUCUGCAUAUGAAAAUUCUCGUAUGUAAUGAACUGAAAGGACGAGACUUUACUUACUUGAUCUAUUUAUGAUCGAAUUAUUUUCAUUUAAGAAAAUUAGUAAACUGGGGUAUGACAAAUAUUAGGUUUUCAUGUGGAGAUCCAUAGGAAAUGCUCGGUAGAGAUGCAAAGGAUCCCAAUUCCCCCUUUCUAAAUGGUAUGGGUUUACUGUUCA